GGCAGUUUGGACUAAUGUACAGUUUUUGUUUAUUUGCGAGAUUCAGAUCGAAAUACGAACUGAAUUUCAUUUCUCCCCCAUCCCUAACACGUACAUAGGAGUGCCCGGUUUGUUAGGCUGCAACUAGUGUGCACGGCGUCUACGGCCAUACUGCCCUGAACACACCCGAUCUCGGAAGCUAGGCAGGGUCAGGCCUGGUUCGUACUUGGAUGCAAGACCGCCUGGGAAUAUCAGUGCCGUAGGCUUAGAGGAAGGCAAUCGUCAACCACCUCGGAAUACCUCUUACCAUGAAACCCUAUGGAUAUAUUGAAAACAUUCACAGGGUUGCCAUAAGUCGUAAUCGACUUGAAGGCAUAUAACUAAGAGUGUGCAUACCACACUGUCCUGGCCCAUGCCCUGCACCAACCUUACUUCACACCCUCCUCAAGUGGUUUUGCCUGGCUGGCAUGCUGCCCUUGAGCUCCGAAUAUACCUCCCGCUUGCCAGAAUGGAGGACAGAGAGAGGUAUGUGUGUGUGUAUAGAAACUAGCAUACUGUGAAAAGCUAAAGUUUGCAUGCAUUGCUCCACCCAAUUUUGCCUCUGGCCCUGCCCACAAUUGGCAUGUGGCCCCCCGGAAGGUUGCGUAGAAGGAAAUGUGGCCCUUGGGCUGAAAAGCAAUCUCUUCCCCUGGUCUUCACUGAGCAACCGUGGUUCUCCAGGGUUUUAGGCCGGGAUCUUUUCCAGCCUUACUUGGAGAUGCCAGGGAUUGGAACUGGGGGCCACAUGCCAACAGUGGUGAGGGCCAGAGGCAAAAGUAGGCCGAGCAAAUGUUGUGAUUCUUACCUUUGUAUGGUAGGCGACAUUCUAGGCAUGCAAAAACCAGUUUUCUGCUCGCUUUCUCUCUCUCUCUCUCACUUACACACACACACACACACACACACACACACACGCCUCUCUAUCCUCUGUCCAGACUUCAAAGGCACACUUCCAGCCAGGCAAAAGCACUGGGUGCAGAGCAGGGACAGCGAAGGUUGUGGCAUGGGGAGAGAAGGUGCUGCCUGGAGAGGAGUCUGGCCUGCAGAUAGUCCUGAGGGCCGGAUAGAGAGGCCUGAAGGGCCGUGGUUGGUCCCUGGGCCUCAAGUUCUCCAACCCUGCUUUAGGCCUUUAAAGAUAAUCGCCUUGAAUUGUGCCCGGAAACAAACAGAGCCAUAAAAUGACACCAAGCCAUUCUGUAAGUCAGAGAGGCAAAGUUGCUUAAGGGGAGGUACAAGGGAGCCUUUCAGAUGUUAGAACCUAAGGCAGCUUCAGCCUCCGUGCAUUCUGGUUUUGGGGACAAGGAGGGCAGAGUUCUUCUCUGGGCCAAAUCCACUAGCCUCACGUUAGUUGCUAAUGCAGGAGAAACCGGGACGUGCCGUUCAAGAAGAGGCCUGGCUAUGGGGCAGGACCCGUUUGCCCGCUCCGGUCAAAUCCAGUGAGGGCUGACCCCUAAGGAUGCCCAAAGCCAGGGUGAAGCUCAUAGUCACCGGAGAUGACUUUGGCUACUGCCCAAGAAGAAACCAAGGCAUUGUGGAGUGUUUUCUCACCGGCGCGGUGUCCAAUGUUUCCCUGCUGGUCAAUGGGAGUGCCGUGUCUGAUGCCGUACAACUUGCGAACAGGCAUCGCAUCCCAAUAGGACUCCACGCCAACCUUUCUGAGGGCUCUCCGGUUUGCCCGGCGCUGAAAGGGAAGUCCACGUUGCUCAGCGACAAAGGCUUUUUCCACGGAAAGAUGGGGAUCCGUGCAGCGCUAGCUGAUCGUCUCCUUAACAUGUCAGAGGUGAAACAGGAACUCACAGCGCAGGUUGAUUUAUUCUGUGAACUGACAGGCCACUUACCUCACCACAUGGACGGACACCAGCAUGUUCAUGUGCUCCCAGAGAUCAGACAUGUAUUUGCACAGGUGCUGGAGGAUUAUGGGAUCAAAUAUACCCGCCUCCCCAUAGAACCAGACCUUCCCCGCUGUGAUUGGAUCGAUCCGCCCUUGAUGGAUUUUUACCUGGACGUGGAGAAGGACUCGCUUAAGACGGUGGAUGUGUUUAGGAAGCACUGCAUCAGGUGGCCAGAUAUAUACAUAGGUCUCAGCACCAUGGGAAAAAAUAUGUCCAUUGCCAAGAUCCUUGGGGCCAUUGAGAAUGCUACAAUGGCUUACCUUGCGGAAGAGGACUCCUCCGUGCCUUCUCAUUUGUCAUCGUGUCCAGAUCAAGAAAACAGGACUAUAACCAUUGAGCUGAUGACACACCCAGGACACCCUAGCAUCCCACCAGUUGGGGGCUGUGGCGAGGGACCGGAUGAUUUCUCACAAUCCUGGGAACGCUUGCAUGAACUUGAGACACUAAAGAAUGCAGAGUUGCAGAGCCAUUACAGAAUGAGGAACAUUCAGCUGUGUGCUUUUAAAGAUCUUGAGAUGUGACCUAGAGUAGUGACCCUGCCUCUUUUACUGUACAGGCAAGGGCUGGAUUAAGCAUGAUGCUAAGUACAUUGCAGAGUUAAGACCCCCAAUGAAUAGACCACGUGAGUUAUGAA